AUGGAACGCCGCAAAUCCAAUAGAAAGCCGCAUCCAAAACGAAAGGCAAUAGAACCACAUGAUGAACAAUUUAACUGCCCAUUCUGCAAUGAUGAAAAAUCCUGUGAAGUAAGAAUCGUUCGAGGAAAGUUCUCUGCACGUGUUGAAUGUCGGCUGUGUCUAGAAUUUUUCCAAAGCACAACAAAUGUGCUGUCUGAACCAAUAGAUGUUUACAACAAGUGGGUAGAUGCUUGUGAAAAUGCUCAUUUAUUAAUUAAGUAA